AACCACACCUUUGAAAUCGUCAGUUAACGUCAGUUAACGUCUUUUCUUCAGACGCCCGUUCGCCCGUUAAUCUUGAAGCUACAGUCAGGGUACAAACCCGGCGCAUACAUGGCGAUGAAAUUCCUUUUGUUCAGCUAGCUAAUGUGUAGAAAUGCAGGAGAACAUAUGCCGGAGCUGUUACUCAUAAGAAGUGAACCGUCACUGACGUGCUUCGUGACGCUGGCUGUCGGUGUCCGACUUUAGACUCACGGUGUUCUCACAUUCUCGACGACAUUUAUUCAGCUCGUCUCGGUGGAGUUACACAUGUCGGUGCCUUUCGCUCGGCCGUAAACAGGGCUGUGUGACUUUAUGGAAACAUGUCAAAGAAACGAGGCAGGAAGCGUAGCAGUGGAGUACUGGGUGAGAGCUCGGCGCCGACCCUGGGCCCAGACCCGGACAACCUGCUGGGCCGGAGGAUUCAGCACAGCUGGAGGGAGAAGGGUAACUUGACCAAGUGGAAAGGCACCGUUCUGGAGCGCCUAACGGUGAACAGCUCUCUCUACAUGGUCAAAUAUGAUGGCUUUGACUGCGUGUAUGGCAUUGAGCUCUUCAAAGACACCCGGGUGUCCAACCUGCUGGUGUUGACAGAGAAAGUCGUGAACAAUAAGAUCAAGGUGCCUCCCGGCGCGGAGGAGCUGGUGGGCCGGGCUGUGGAGCAUCUGUUUGAGAAGGAGGACGGUCAGAAGAACGAGUGGCGAGGCAUGGUGCUGUCCCGAGCCCCCGUCAUGACCCACUGGUACUACAUCACUUACGAGAAGGACCCGGUGCUGUACAUGUACCAGCUGUGGGACGACUAUAAGGACGGAGAUCUACGCGUCCUUCCCGAAUCAGAGAACAAACAUCUGCUGCCAGCAGACAGGAAGCCAGGUGAGGAGCCAGAGAGCCUUGUGGGUAAACAGGUGGAGUACGUCACAGAUAACGGUCUGAAGAGGACGGGCUUGGUCAUCUACCAGGUCCCAGCGAAGCCCACAGUGUACUAUAUCAAAUAUGACGAUGACGUUCACAUCCACGUCUACGACCUGGUGAAGACCACCUAGGACCGACUGGGAUCACCUCCGGCCGACGACUCCUCUGACCGGCCAGUCGCUCGUUGCCUGUGAAAGUGUUACACGUUUCGGCAUGUGCCGGAGAUCUUGUCUUUCAUUAUUUUUCGGCCUCCGGUGGUUUCUCUCAUUCUCACAUCACCAGACAUUUAUUUUGGGGAUUCUCCGUGUUGACGGCACAAUGAGUACGAUGUGUCGGCAGCCAGUUUGUAAACAACCCCCCGGCUCAACGAGGGUUUCGGCGCCGGUUCGUUCUCCUUCUGAAACGUUUUUGUCGGCUCGAUAUUGCAGGAGCUGUUCAACGCCGUGUCGGACAUCUUUGUAGCUUGUAGCUUCCUCUGGGUGCAAUCUGAUACCUGGUCGCUAUGUUUUUUUUCGAGGUUGAUGCCCAGAAAUCUUCCAAAACACAGCAGAAUGAAGAGAAAGAAGAACAUUCAGGCAAGGGGAAGCAGCGUGUGUGUGCAGAUACAGACGCCGCCACACACUGCUAAGGGGUCAUCGGUGACGAUUGGGAGGGGUUAUUUUUUAUUUGAGUCCAUACAUUAUGUUUAAGGAUUAUCCUACUCAUUGUGCCUUUAAGGUAACUUUAAUGUAUGACUUUUAAGUCCUCUUCAAUGUAAAUAAAGCAGGUCUGAGACCGGUUGUAUCGCCCAGCAGAUGAAAUGAAGCGAGGCUUUUGUUUCGGUUAUUUCAAACUUGUAUAUUGAAACUUUCAAACUCCCAAAUCAUACUUUUUGUAAGCUACAUAUCAAAAUCUAAAUAAUUCUUCAUUCUUGCCUUUACUUCUGUUUCACUCAUAUGUUUCACUUUUAUAUGUCUGUGCUAUUUAUUUCUCUUGGAAUAUCUGGCUGUGUUUCUGGUAACUUCGCCUGCUGUACUUUUAUCUGUCUCUGGGUCGGCCUCCGCUUGUUGCAUAGAGGUCAUAUUCAUUUGAUCCGUGCGCCAAUUUUACGGUUUUUAAGUGUUUGAUUGAUGGGACUUGACCGUCUCACAUUUUAGAAAUCAAACACAGAUUCUUAUAAAAAUAGUGAUUUAUCGUAUUUCUGUUUCAUAAUGCAAACUGCAAUUUUUUUACAUUAUGAUCAUUUAAGGAAAAUACCGAUGUUGAUGUUGAGUUGUUUCAACGGUGUUUGUGCUUCACACUAUGUACUUCAAAUUGACAAUUUUGGAACUAAUUCUGUUAUGUCAAAUGUACUGAUGUAAUGUGAAAUAUUCAAAGCCACAGAAUAUUGUUCUUUGUGACCCAUAAUAGGUUUUGUUCUGUUCUGUGUAUAUAACUGGAGACAUUUCUAUGAACUUGAAACAAAGCUGCUUGAAAAUUA